AAUCUCCUCCCGCGGGCUGGUCAAUUUCCGCGCGUCACUCGCAGGCAGUUCCUGGCCGCAGCAGCAGGCAGAGUCCGUCUCCCGCCCGCCCCCUCCGCGCGUGUGUCCGGAAAAGCCUCCGGGUCCCACCCCCUUGCUGGCGGGUCAUUUUCAAGGCUGCGCGCGGGGUUUCCCCUCGCCUGCUCCCCCGGGCAGCGAGAAGCAUGCUUGGACCGGGCGGCUCCAGGAGGGGAUCGCGGUCCCGUCCUCUUCUUCCCGCUCGCUUUGCAUCUCUGCCGGCGGCGGGUGUGCGUGUGCGAUGCUCGUAACGCAAUCCAUGCUCCAGGGAGAAGGCCAGGGCGACGCCCCGGCACGGGCAGGGUUACCCCAGGAGCCGGCGCCCGGGAAGAGCGCCCAGCAGCCCAGCCGGCGCGAGUCGAAACCAACCUUGCCGCUGCGUCGGAAAGUUUGCUACGCCAUUGGAGGCGCCCCCUACCAGCUCACGGGGAAUGCUCUCGGGUUUUUCCUGCAGAUCUUCCUGCUGGAUGUGGUACAGAUGGAGCCGUUCCAUGCCUCGCUGAUCCUUUUCCUUGGGAAAGCCUGGGAUGCAGUGGCCGAUCCCAUGGUUGGAUUCCUGGUCAGCAGAAGCCCCCGCAGGAGGUGUGGCAAACUGAUCCCCUGGGUCAUCUGCUCCACACCCUUUGGGGUUUUCUUCUACAUCAUGCUCUGGUUCGUCCCCUCAGAUUCCCUCUCUGUGUCAUUGAAGUUCUUUUGGUAUUUGAUCAUGUACUGCUUCUUCCAGACCUGCAUGAGUUGCUAUCAUGUAUCCUAUUCCUCGCUGACCAUGUUCCUAGGAGGGAGUCAGGGAGACCGGGACUCUGCUACAGCCUACAGGAUGGGAGUGGAGAUGCUAAGCACUCUGGUGGGAUCUGGUAUCCAGGGACAAAUUGUUGGAAGUCACCAUGCCAGCAUGAGGAAAAGCUGUGAUGUGGAGAACGGCACCUUGAGGAACGACACCUCUCCCUCCCCAGAUGUGCUGGAGAAUACACGCGGGGCGUACGUCGUGGCCUCCCUGGUGCUGGCCUCCCUUUAUUGCUUCUCCUGCUUGGUCCUUUUCUGGGGAGUGAAAGAGCAGCCAGGACCGUACAGCCCUUUGGGGAAGACCAGGCUCCCGUUCUUUGCCAGCCUGCGUGCCGUCCUUGGCCACUGGACCUACUCCCGGCUCCUCUGCGGGUUCUUGUUGGCAUCGCUAGCCUUUCAGCUUGCCCAGGGAAUCUUUGCUUUCUUCUGCACUCAUGUAGCCGGCCUGGCCGGGAGCUUCCAGCAUCUGGUGCUCAUCAUGCUGGUGGUCGCCUGUCUCUCGGUCCCUGGCUGGCAGUGGUUCCUAGUAAAGUUUGGGAAGAAGACAGCUGUCUUUGUCGGUCUGUCGCUGAUCAUUCCAGCACUCGUUGUUAUUGUUGUGACCCACAACUUCCUCGUCUACGUCUUCAUGAUCGUUGUGGCAGGAAGCAGCCUCGCCGUUCUCUUCUUGUUGCCAUGGUCCAUGCUCCCAGAUGCAGUGGAUGAUUUCAAACUGCAGAAUCCUACCUGCCUCAACCUGGAACCGUUUUUCUACUCAUUCUAUGUUUUCUUCAACAAGUUUGCUGGCGGGCUUUCUCUUGGCAUUUCCACCAUGAGCUUACAUUUUGCAGGUUACAGAGCCGCAGACUGCACACACAACCCCAGGGUCAUCCUGACACUGAAAAUCCUCAUGGCUCCUGUCCCCAUUGCCCUGCUGCUCUCUUCCAUGGCUGUCUUCUGCUCCUACCCCAUCAAUGAAGAGCAGAGGAAACAGAUCAGAAUGGAAAUGGAGGCUGCUGGCAGCCAUCAAGGUCAGACUGAAUGCCUAGAACCAGAGGCAAGUUAGGCUCUGGAGAGAAUCCAUUCAUUCCUGGCUGCGUGAACAAGAAAUCAUGACUACUGCAGGAAAGUUGCUGACUUUUCUUGCCUCCCACUGAAGCACCACAAGGACAGAUCUCUGCUGUUUUCCUUUGCAUCUGGGAACAGCACUGAAGAUGUUUCAUGCGCUUGCGCAAGAUGCCAAAGAAAUUAAUUCCACAAGACUCAACUUAGCUUCCAAUCUUCCCUUGCCUGACUACAAAAUAGCCUGAUCAGGGGUCAACGUAAUAUUUCCACUUGUGUGGUUAUAGAAAUUGCCUUACUCAUAAGGAGAGAGAGCAUUGGUGGACACCAAAGCCCAGAUUGGUUGCCAGCCUCCUAACAGCAUGAUGCCUGCCUGUUUGUGUGGCUAUUGUUGCCAACAUUCUUCAAGCCUUUUAGCCACAGAAUCUUGUACUCUGGUCUAUUUUGGUAUGUACUAAUGCAGUUGCCAUGCAUAGUGAUAGCUUUUUAUCUGUGUUUUAACUCGAAUGUGGGCUGUUGGUAGGGAUGAGUUAGUGACUUCUCUGCACAGCAUCUAGCAGAACAUUAGGUGAUUUGUGAAUAAUGCUGAGGAGCCAGGCUGACAGUAAUAAGAAUUUUUUUUAAAUUAUUAUUAUUAUUAUCUGGAUGGGAAGUGCAUACAACCAAAUCCUAAUUUAAAAAGCCAAGUCUUAGCAGACCUCAGCUCCACAAGCUUUGUUUCUAAAGUGCCGAUGGCAGCACUCACCCAUAUGUGACUGGGAUUAGGGGCCAGAGGUGGUGGGCCUGAGAUUUCUCCCCACCUAAAUCCUAUCAUCAGGCAGACUGCAGCAACUGCCUCAGAUGGAAGAUGGAGAGUAUUAAAAUGUUGCAAAGUUUAAUGUAUUGCCAUGUUUUUAUUUAGGCAGAAUGAAAGAGGAAGCAGCCAUUUGGGUUUUCUGCCAGAGGUGUCAAAACCGUGCACAACCUCUGUAGCGCACUGGCCAAGCCAUUGCAUUGCUGUGAACCAAAGAGACCCUCAUUCAGUUUCCCAUUUCUGCCAUUAGUCAAGCCAUUCUCCUCCAGACCCCCACAGGGCUGUUGAUGCUAGCUUACCUUACAGAGUUGUUGUAAGAGCGACUGAGACAAUAGAUGAGAAAUGAUUUGAAAGAGUUACACAAAGGCAUGGUAUUUUUAUGAUGAUAAUAGCUCUACCCAUCUCCUCCCCAAAUUCAGUAUUACUACGUGUAACACUUACCUGAACUUUCUUGGGGGAACACCUGGGGAUGGAUGCACCUAUGCUGUCGCUUUGCUGAAAAGCAGCUGAUUUCCUUUCUGAUUCCCAAGGCCAGAAAUGCUCUUCAGGAGUGGGUUGCUGUGUACAGCUUGUUCUCUCUUUGUGCCUGCUGCUUCAUUCCCAUUAUAUUCUGUGUUGUUUCCCCAACCCCACCCUCCAAAAAGCAACGGCCUUUUGGUGCCAGGAAAUGAAAAGCCGCUGUUACUCCAUCCUGCUAAAAGCUUUACAAUUGGUGUGAUUGUGUAUCCAGGUAUUCUUUUAAUUUGCAUGUUAUACUAUGUGGGCUGGAAAUGCAAUGAGCAUCAAGCUGUGCUUUAGACUUUGGAGCCUUGACUGUAAAUUUGCAUUUUUCUGAUGCUGACACCUUUGGGGUUGUUUUAUUUCAGCCAGCACAAAAGCUGUGGUUUUUUAAAAAUUUUGUACAAUUUGAAAACCAAUACAGAUGUUUCAUAUCUCUCCCCCCC